UUAUCGUUCACGGAGUGAUCAUUAUUUGACGUCACAUAAAUUUAAGUGGUGCGAAGUGAUGAAUUUGACAAGAAGAUUAAAAACUUAUGGGUUUCGGAAAUAAGUGGGAAAUAAACAUCAAAUAAUAAGAGGCAGUUCUAAACAUGGCGUUACUCGCGACGGCCGUGUCUGUUGCAUGCUCAUUGUUUUUUACACCUUUUUUAAUGUUUAUUUUGUGUAUAAUUUUUUUAGCAUCAAUUGGAAAAUCAUUAGGUGUUCGUAAACUUUAUGUGAAAAUAUUACUUACUAUUUUUGAGUAUGGAAGGGCGAAUAUAGAAGUUGCAAAAAAACAAAGGUACGAAGAUUCAGGUGAUGAAGAUGAAGAAGAAGAAAGUACAGCAACAAAAAUUGAAAAUGGUGCUGGUGGUGACAAUAACGUACCUGAGCAAACAGUUACAGCGUUGAAUCAAAAUCAAAAAUUAAAUGGCACGCCAUUAAAACAUAAAAAUGGUGUUGUGAACGGUACAAGUAAUGGAAAUCAAGUAAUAUCAAGGGAUAAUUUAAUUCUUGUUCCCGAUCCUGUACAAAAUUAUCAUAAUGGCUCAAAUCCAGAUUUAAAAAAGUUAGCUGAGAAUGCAGAAAAAAUUGAAAAUGAACAAAAUUCAACUGGACAACAUGCAAAUAUAUUAGAUUUCCAAUUAUCAAAUUGCCUUGAUUUAGUCAAGGCUGGUGUUGAAGCAAUUAUUGAAGAUCAAGUAACGUCUAGAUUUGAAGCAGAAGAAUUAAAGAAUUGGAACUUACUAACACGAACAAACAGACAUUAUGAAUUCAUAUCAUGGAGAUUGACAGUAAUAUGGGCAUGUGGAUUUUGUGUUAGAUAUUUUUUCCUGUUUCCAUUACGAGUUCUUAUUUGUUUUAUUGGUGUUUCAUGGAUGGUUUUUGCUUCAUUAAUAAUAAGCGUAAUUCCUAACAGCCCUGUUAAACGCUGGUUAAAUGAUCGGGCAUUUAUAAUAACUUUUCGUAUUAUGAUGCGUUCACUAUCUGCUGUUUUGCGGUUCCAUAAUAAACAGUACAGACCAUCACGUGGAGGCGUUUGUGUGGCUAAUCAUACCACAGUUAUUGAUGUUGUGGUAUUAUCCACAGAAACAAGUUUUUCGUUGAUUGGACAAAGGCAUGGGGGAUUUUUGGGAUUAUUACAAAGAGCGCUAGCAAGAGCAUCUCCACAUAUUUGGUUUGAACGUUCAGAAGUUAAAGAUAGAUCAGCAGUAGCAAAAAGGCUGAAAGAACACGUUUCAAAUCCAAAAAAUCCACCAAUAUUAAUAUUCCCGGAAGGUACAUGCAUAAAUAAUACAUCUGUAAUGCAAUUUAAAAAAGGCAGUUUUGAAGUUGGUGGUGUUAUUUAUCCAGUUGCCAUAAAAUAUGAUCCAAGAUUUGGUGAUGCAUUUUGGAAUAGUAAUAAAUAUUCAAUGUUACAAUAUUUGUACAUGAUGAUGACUAGUUGGGCAAUCGUCUGUGAUGUGUGGUAUUUACCUCCAAUGUAUCAAAAUGAAAAUGAGUCAGCUAUUGAUUUUGCAAAUAGAGUGAAAAGUGUCAUAGCCAAACAAGGUGGUCUUGUCGAUUUAAUGUGGGAUGGGCAAUUAAAACGAAUGAAACCAAAAAAAGAAUGGAAAGAAUUACAGCAACAGGAGUUUAGUAAAAGGCUUAAACUUGAAUAAAAAAAAACACAUAUAUUUAUUAUUACAUUUCUAUGUUGAGACUGACGGGUAAAAUAAUAAAAGUAAAAAAAAUAGAAUAAAAUGUAAUUAAGAUACCGUGUUGUGAUGUAAUAUAUACUUUUUUCCUUUUUUAUUUGUGUAUGUCUAAAAGUAAUACGCGAAUGUGCCUAAUUAGGACGAUUAUUGUAAAUAACUCCCUGAAAAUUAAUUCUCUUUUAAUUAAAUAGCAUCGUUUUCAACAAUCAACUGCUAUUUCAGUAUUUGGUUUUGCUAUGAAUUAUAA